UGAAAGGACAGCGUGCCAUGUACAAUUUGAGCAAAACAUAAAUAAAAUACUUAGUAGUUGCGCUCAUUAUCGGCGUGAAGGCCAGAGUCAAGUCAAAGUAAUUCUUUGUGCUGACGUUAGAAGUGCACUUGGAAGAUGUCUUUGGUUUGUGCAAUUUCCAACGAGGUCCCGGAGCAUCCUUGCGUCUCCCCUGUAUCAAACCAGGUGUUUGAGCGCAGGUUGAUCGAGAAAUACAUCGCUGAAAAUGGAACGGACCCAAUGAAUGGGCAACCACUCUCUGAGGAACAGCUUAUAGACAUCAAAGUGUCUCAUCCUAUUCGACCAAAGGCACCCUCAGCAACAAGCAUCCCUGCCAUUCUCAAAUCCCUUCAAGAUGAGUGGGAUGCAGUGAUGCUUCAUAGUUUCACUCUGAGGCAGCAGCUGCAGACCACCCGCCAGGAGCUUUCUCAUGCUCUGUAUCAACACGAUGCCGCUUGCAGAGUUAUUGCUCGACUCACCAAAGAGGUCACUGCGGCAAGAGAGGCUCUUGCCACACUUAAACCUCAAGCUGGAUUGGUUGCUCCACAGGCUGUCCCUGCCUCUCAGCCAACUGCAGCCGGUGCUGGUGGAGAGCUUAUGGAGAUAAGUGAACAAGUGGGAAUGACCCCAGAGAUCAUCCAGAAGCUCCAAGACAAAGCCACUGUCCUCACUACGGAGAGAAAGAAGAGAGGCAAAACUGUGCCAGAAGAGCUGGUUAGAGCUGAGGAUCUUAGCAAAUAUCGCCAAGUGGCCUCCCAUGCUGGGCUCCAUAGUGCCAGUGUCCCUGGAAUCCUGUCUCUGGAUCUGUGUCCCUCAGACACCAACAGAGUUCUCACUGGUGGGGCUGAUAAGAAUGUUGUGGUAUUCGACAAGAACGAAGAGCAGAUUGUGGCUACUCUCAAGGGACAUACCAAGAAGGUCACAUCAGUCAUCUACCAUCCAUCCCAGUCUGUGGUGUUCUCUGCAUCUCCAGAUAGCACUAUACGUGUUUGGUCCAUUACUGGUGGCAACUGUAUCCAAGUGGUGCGUGCCCACGAGGCAGGUGUUACUGGACUCUCCCUCCAUGCCACUGGAGACUACCUGCUCAGCUCCUCCGAGGACCAGUACUGGGCCUUCUCUGAUAUCCAGACUGGUAAAGUCCUCACCAAAGUCACUGAUGAGAGCGCAGGCUGUGCUCUGACCUGUGCUCAGUUUCAUCCUGAUGGACUUAUUUUUGGCACUGGGACGGCUGACUCCCAAAUCAAGAUUUGGGAUCUAAAGGAACGUACCAAUGUGGCUAACUUCCCUGGCCACUCUGGUCCUGUCACCUCCAUUGCUUUCUCUGAGAAUGGAUACUACCUGGCCACAGGUGCCCAGGAUAGCUCUCUCAAGCUGUGGGAUCUUAGGAAACUGAAGAACUUCAAGACCAUUGCUCUUGACAACAAUUACGAGGUGAAGUCAUUGGUGUUUGACCAGAGUGGUACCUAUUUGGCUGUGGGAGGAUCUGACAUCAGGGUAUACAUUUGCAAGCAAUGGUCUGAAGUCCUCAACUUCUCUGACCACUCAGGACUGGUGACUGGGGUGGCCUUUGGAGAGAAUGCUCAGUUCCUGACCUCUGCAGGAAUGGACAGAAGCCUCAAAUUCUAUAGCUUGUAGAUUUUAGAGAGAGGUCAAUCCAGGAAAGGAUGAAGCGAGAGCAGACUGGGGGAGAGGGUGGUUUGGUCUUAGUACAUAUCUGAGCAGCCAUUUUUCUGGACACAGAUUUAGCUUAAUCGUAUAACCUGGAAAAAGACAAAGAUUUUGCCCAUAUAGUUUCUUAGCCAUUAAGUCUAGAAAGGGGGUUCCAGAAACUUUUUUAACCAAAUAACCUUCCGAUUCAAAUCACCGAGUUGUGGUUAGGGUAAUAACUGGUAUUUUUUGAGAUUGUGGAUUUAAAAUAAAAAUAUUUGUUUUACUGAAGUGAGAUGCAAAGGCUAGUGGAAUGCUCCUGUUAGAUUUUCCAGCAGUCACACUUUUACUGUAGAAUUUGCCUUUUAUUUUUGGGGUGUUCCAUGUUGCUUAUGAUACAGCUCAAAGGUGUUGUAUACUGUCCAGAACUAAAUGAAUAUGCUACAACAAGCUGUGUUGCUUUUUAAUGUAAGACACCUUAUGACCAGACAAGGUAAGAAUCAAGUGUGUGAAAUCUCCUUCUUUCAAUAAAUGUGUUGUGCUAAUGUAGGCUUACUACACCUCCCCUUAAGUAUUGCCUGUCAGUCUUGAGUAACCAUGUGUUCAAUCUGAACCUUUUUUUCUGUUCUGUUUGAUUGUAUAUUUUUCUUAUCACUUACCUAUUGCAUCUCUGCCCUUUUGCAACAAAAUAAAAAGCUCUUUUUGUAAUGUCAGUGAACUAUUUUCUUCAUCAAUGAAAUGUAUGCUACUAUUUUAUGUUUGCAAAAAUAGUUGCUGCUGGUUUUAAGUCCA